AUGCUGAACAUCAGCGAGCUCUCUCUGAGGUCCCCUCAUUUCAGGGCGUCCGACCGUCUCCUGCAGCCCUUCUGGGACCAUUUGCUUCUUCACCACCUGUCUCUCGUCUCGUCUCCUUUUUUGCCCGUGAUCCUUGCCUUCUCCAGCUACUUUUGCUUUAGUUUGCCUUUUGCUGUGUUGGACCUCUUGGGGGAAAGGGUCCCUUUGUUCCACAAGUAUAAGAUCCAGCAAAACAGGAGGCCAACGCUGGGAAUGAUGGCCAAGAGCUUCAUGACAUCUCUCUAUAACCACAUCUUUUUUGUUUUACCGGCUGUCAUAAUUGGCAUGUUCAUACUGCCAACACCAACCCUGCCGCGAGACGCUCCUACGUUAUAUCAGUUGUUCACCGAAGGACUGGCUAUACUGCUCCUCUUUGACACCCAGUACUUCAUCUGGCACUUUGUGCACCACAAGAACCUGCAGCUGUACCGCUGGGUGCAUGCAGUUCACCAUGAAUACAUGGCUCCAUUCUCCUGGUCCACGGAGCAGCUCAGCAUUCCAGAACUGAUGACCGUGGGCUUCUGGAGCAACCUGGACCCGAUUCUUUUGAGGUGCCACCCACUGAGCACAUGGUGCAUAACAGUUCUGAGCAUCUGGAUGUCCGUAGAGGACCACAUAGGCUACGACCUGCCCUGGACCCUGAGCCACCUGGUGCCCUUCGGUCUGCUGGGGGGCGCCCCGGCCCACGACUUGCACCACCAGAAGCCGAGCAGCAACUACGCUCCCUUCUUCAGCCACUGGGACCGGAUCUUCGGCACCGCCAUGUCUCUGAAGAAGAAAAACGUUGAUUAACACAAAACAAUAAUCGACACAAUUCUGUAAAUACUGCCGUCUUUUAUAAAUAUGUUGUCCUGUUAAAUCUCUUUAUUUUGCUACUGUACUUCUUGCCUUUAUUAGCAUCUUUAAAAAUGCAUUAAACUUGUAAAAAUAUUUAAAUGUGUUUCACCUUUUGUUCAAUAAACAUCUAUUUAUAAAGCAGAUGCAUGGGAUAUAAUUUAUUGAAACCUGAUGUAGUGUUUGUACAUUAUAGUUAAUAUCCAGAGGAUAAACAGUUAAAAUUUGUCUUGUUUAUUGUUUCUGACAAUUUUCUAACACAAAGACUCAAAUGUUGAAGGAAUUUUAUUCAGGAAGAUUUUGCUCAUGAGUCCUGUUAAUAAAGAGAUUUCUGACACAAAUAGUUCAAAACUGAAAUUGAUGUGGCUCAAUAAUAAUUACAUCUAGAAAAUUAAAAAGCCUUAAAAGAAAAUCAUCUUUCACUGCAGAAGCAAAUCAGAGAAACAUUUUGAGAUUGAAUUUUUAAUUCUGAGUACAAUAAUUAGAAAGGGAUGCAAAAAUAUCCUAUUUCAAUAAAGUAAGAUUAGAAACUCUCCAGUUCAGUAGUUACAGUUAGCUCUGUCGUUCUGCUCCCCUUUUGCAAAUAAAACAGAAUUUUAUUUUCUCCUGUAACAUUUUGCAAGUUUGGAUCAUACAAACAGACGGGUAUUUGACCAUUAUUUUUUUUGUACAAUCUUUUUGUAUCACAUCAAGACUUCUCUGAAACUUUUCUUCAGCUGAGCCCAGAUUGUUUUUUAGUAAGACUUAGAUGGCCAUGGAGAACCAUUUCUGUUUUGACCAUUUGUUUUAAUUGUU